UUCUGGGAACUCACGCAGGAUAUUCAGCAUGAAGAAAGCCGAAAUGGGCAGGUUCAAUAUCUCCCCUGAUGAGGACAGCAGCAGCUACAGCUCCAACAGUGACUUCAACUAUUCCUACCCCACCAAGCAAGCUGCCUUGAAAAGCCAUUAUGCAGACGUAGAUCCUGAAAACCAAAACUUUUUACUUGAAUCCAAUUUGGGGAAGAAGAAGUAUGAAACAGACUUUCAUCCAGGUACUACUUCCUUUGGAAUGUCAGUAUUUAAUCUGAGCAAUGCGAUUGUGGGCAGUGGAAUCCUUGGGCUUUCUUAUGCCAUGGCUAAUACUGGAAUUGCUCUUUUUAUAAUUCUCUUGACAUUUGUGUCAAUAUUUUCCCUGUAUUCUGUUCAUCUCCUACUUAAGACUGCCAAUGAAGGAGGGUCUUUAUUGUAUGAGCAAUUGGGGCAUAAGGCAUUUGGAAUGGUUGGAAAACUUGCAGCUUCUGGAUCAAUUACAAUGCAGAACAUUGGAGCUAUGUCAAGCUACCUCUUCAUAGUGAAAUAUGAAUUACCUUUGGUGAUCCAAGCAUUAAUGAACAUUGAAGAUAAAACUGGAUUGUGGUAUUUGAAUGGUGACUAUUUGGUUCUGCUGGUAUCAUUGGUGCUCAUUCUUCCUUUGUCGCUGCUGAGAAAUUUAGGAUAUUUGGGAUAUACCAGUGGCCUUUCCUUACUGUGUAUGAUGUUCUUUCUGAUUGUGGUGAUUUGCAAGAAAUUUCAGAUUCCUUGUCCUAUGGAAGCUGCUUUGAUACUAAAUGAAACAAUAAACAGCACCUUGACACAGACAACAUCUUAUUCAGCUGAUCCAACAUUUAAUGUCACUGAAAGCGAAUUUUGCAAGCCGCAAUAUUUUAUCUUCAACUCCCAGACGGUCUAUGCUGUGCCAAUUCUGACCUUUUCAUUUGUUUGUCAUCCUGCUAUUCUCCCCAUUUAUGAAGAACUGAAAGGCCGCAGUCGUAGAAGAAUGAUGAACGUGUCCAAGAUUUCGUUUUUUGCUAUGUUUCUGAUGUAUCUGCUUGCUGCUCUCUUUGGAUACCUGACUUUCUAUGGUCAUGUUGAGUCAGAAUUGCUGCAUACUUACUCCACUGUCCUAGGAACUGAUAUUCUUCUCCUCAUUGUCCGUUUGGCCGUGCUAGUGGCUGUAACUCUGACAGUACCUGUGGUUAUUUUCCCAAUCCGAAGUUCUAUAACCCACUUGUUCUGUGCAUCUAAAGAUUUCAGUUGGUGGCGUCAUAGUAUCAUUACUGUGUCUAUCUUGGCAUUUACUAAUUUGCUUGUCAUCUUUGUCCCAACUAUUAGAGAUAUCUUCGGUUUCAUUGGUGCAUCUGCAGCUGCUAUGUUGAUUUUUAUCCUUCCAUCUGCCUUCUAUAUUAAGUUAGUCAAGAAGGAAUCUAUGAAAUCUGUACAAAAGAUUGGGGCCAUGUUCUUCCUGCUAAGUGGCAUAGUGGUGAUGACCGGAAGUAUGGCCUUGAUCAUUUUGGAUUGGGUACACAAUGCCUCUGGAGGCGGCCACUAACCGGCAGCGCUCUAAAACUCUUGACAGUCUGUUGGAUGCCAUUGUUGAGUCAACACUCAACUAUUAUGAAAUUUCACCUAAUAUUUUCAGUUUCACUUCCUUUUGAAGUGCAGAUUCCUCGCUGGUUGUUCUGAGUGCAGAAUAAGUGAACUCUUUGUUUGUUUUUUAUUUUAAGAAACUAUUCUGUAUGCUAGAAAUGGAUAUUAACUACAAAACCACGAGUCUCGAGUUAAUGGAAGUGACAAUUUUAUUCCAUUCCAGAGAAUGGACGAACUCUUAACUUUAUCAAGCCACAUGUUUGGCUGUGUUAUUGUUUAACUUGGAUAUUUCAUGAUUUUACUUGAAUGUGCCUAAUGGAACCAUUCGAUGUGAGAAGCAAUUCUUAAUUUACAGCAAAGUCUUGAGAACACACUUACCUAUUUUUUUUGUACCAAAAAUAUUUAAAGACCUCAGAAGCACUAUUUUACUUUUAAGAAAUUGGUUUUUUUGAACUUUGUCCAAAAACGGUUGUCAAUAAAUUCUGUAAAAGAAACUACAAUGGUAUUUAAAAACAAAUAUUAGUAUUAUGAAAUAAUUUGCCUUUUUGUAGGCAUAAGCCAAAUACUUUUUUAACCAAAAUGAUUUUUAGAGAAAACGAUGUAAUGAAAACUUGUACCAUGAGUAGGGCAUAUAUAGUCUUCCUUUUCACUCAAACUUUUAUUAUUUAAAGGUGAAUUAAAUUAUUGUUAGAGCAGAAAACCUCUAAAUCAAUUUUCUGUCCCCAUAAUCUGGUUAAUUGUUUCAAGCUAUUAGAAUGGACAAUAAUCCAGACAUUUCUAUGGGAAGUAAAAUAACUAGUUUUGAGGUACCAAAUAGUGCAAUUGGGUAAAACAGGGUUUAUUCAGUUGCAUUUGUUCCAGAGAUGUAUUGACAACUCUGGAAUUGGGGUGGGGGACUGUCCUUUUUUGACAUUGCUUCCAUCAGUGAGAAAUGGGCAUUUGCUGGCUGUAAGCCAACACAAUAAUCUUCAGAGUACAACUUUUCAAAAUGCUCAUCUGCUACUGGAAGUUUGAAUUACUUGAGAGUGAAUGGCUUUGUCGUGUUAAUGUUUUGUCUACAGUGGGGUUUUAUCCACAGCUUACACCAAUAUUAUGGUAUAAAUUUUUAUAGAGACCCUUGGGUUUCUCAUGCAGUAAGCUUUUUUUUAAAAAAAAAUAACUCAUUGCACUGUACUGUCAUCUCAUUCUUGUACAACAUAGAAUUAUUUGUUUACAUCCAACAAAAUAGUUAGUGGGGGAAACAGUGCAACCUGAGUGUAAGUAGUUGGUCCAACUGCAUGUUCACCCUUCCAUUUCAGUCCCAGAUAGAAGUGAAAAAUUACUUGGCUUUAAGAGCACAUUUAUUGUACUUUACAGUGUAUGGUGAAUAUAUAUUAUUAAAUAAUGUGGUACUUAUCAGACAUAAUGUCUAAAAUCUAAUAUACUUAAUUCCAUUAGUGGUUGAGGGAAGCAAAUAAUUGAAUCAUCAAUUUGUUAUCUGGCUCUUAGGUUUUCUUUGGAAAUAUUUUAAUUUCGAGCAAGGCCAGAAAUGUGGCAGACACGGUUUUUGUUACACAUUCUUGUAUUCCAUGUGACUUAAGUUACAGACAAGAUGUUGUCUGUAAAUAAGGACCUUUGUGGAAUUGGAAGACGUCUGGUAGUGCUACAUUGGGUGGAACCAAUGAUGCAUUUUUGUUUGUUUAUACAAAAGUGAAGUAAUUGGGGACCAUCUUGAAAGGCAGUGAGAAGAUGGAUUCAACAGCAACAGCACUGCUUUCAUUUAAUUGGGCUUUUGGCACUCUUCAAAUCAGGACUUCAUCUCUAGUUCAGACCAAGAAUUGGCACUUCUACUUGCAUUCCUGGAAAGAGUUCCUUUUCUACUACCUGCCAGAGUAAAGUAUGGUUUUUCAUACCAUGCAAAGUAAGAUAGUUUUCUACAGUUCAUAUAC